AUGAUUGUCGAACUUCGUUUGGAAGACAAGCGUGAUGCACUCGCAUCUACUCUUUCUGGUGGCAUGCAAAGACGACUCUGUAUAGGAAUCGCCUUCAUCGCAGGUUCAAAAAUCGUCAUUCUUGAUGAGCCAACGGCUGGUAUCGAUCCAUUUGCUAGACGUGCAAUAUGGGAUCUUAUAUUCAAGUACAAGAAAGACCAUACUAUAAUCAUAGCAACUCAUUUCAUGGACGAGGCUGACAUCCUCGGCGACCGCAUCGCGGUUUUGUCGGAGGGUACGCUGAGAGCAAUGGACAGUCCCUUAGGCUUGAAAGAAGAACAUGGAAACGGCUACAGGCUCACGGUCGCACUAAAAACGGAAAAUGACAGCCUCGAUGAUUUCCUGACAUGGCUCAAGUGUUAUGGUGAAGAUGUUGUGGUCCUCGACUGCUACAACAAACAAGCCGAACUGGGUCUUCCUGGGUGGAAAAGUUCCCAAGUGGUGGCAAUGCUUGGUGACAUCGAAAAACGCUGUAGUGCUGUAGAGUUCCCGAUCAGGACAUAUUCGAUAAAUGAUUCAACUUUAGAAGAGGUGUUUGUUAAAUUAGUUGGGAAGCCUAGUAGCAGAGGAAUGCUACAGACUUUCGAGGACCACAGCGCAGCA